UGACAAGACGAUGAGAGGUGGUAACGAGUUAGAGAAGUUCAAUCACAUCUUCAAUCAAGUAGAGGAGAGUACAAUGGGAAGCCAGUUGGGCGAAGAGAAGGAGCCAGAAGAGCAACCGGUAGGAGCAAAAGCGCACGCACGAAGACGUCGGGGAAAGAAGGCGAAGGGGAAGAAGAAAGUUGACGGAGCUACUCCUACAAAUACUGAAAUUAGCAAAGUAGAUCACGCUUCUGGUUCAUCUGGCUGGCCCGUCAAAGUUUCCUUGACAGAAGAAAGA